GUUCCAGCAGAUAGCACACGCUUUCGAUUUCUUGUCAACUCUGGUGCUCAUUCGAUAAACCUCUGCCAGACAUUCCACAUUCGCCGAGAAAAUAUCGUCAUGUUAAACUCACGGUUUACCUGGUAUUUGGUACUGCUCGUUUCCGUUCAUCUGUUCGUCAACGUGCAAAAUAGCGAUGCCGCCGAAGAGCACCAGAGUGGUCACCGUGUUGUCCGCCAACUCAAUUCCCGCACCAGGUUAUUACUCGGAGCAGCAGGAUUGGCUGCCUUGGCUGGAUCAGUUGGUCUAGUCACUGGCUUGGUUAUUGGUAAUCGCCAUAGCCGACAGCACGAUGGUUUCCGCGUAAAACGAUCCGAACUGGGAUUCGAAAUUGACGAAGCCAUGGUUCUCGAAGUCGCCGCCAUGGACGAGUCCGGCUGUGGCGCUCGCCUUCUCUGUGAAUUACAUCAAGAAGAACCUAGUCAAUUAAAUGGAACAAUCUCACGCAGACUCGUUCAGAUUUUUGACGGCCAACAAGCACCCAACUUUGAUCAGCUGCGGACAGAGCCGAAAGCAGCUUUUCAAUACGCUGCCUUUGUUGGGGCCAAGUCAGCCAAGAAUUUGAAAAUUUGUGCCCACGUCUUCGAUCACUGCCCUUUCAGCGCCAAAAUCAUUCUUGAAGUCCUGAACAUCAAAUCCGCGGGAUUCGUCCCUGGACAAAGAGAAACAGCGGCAACAGAAGAAAAUGAUUAGAAUAUUUAUUGACAUCUAACUUAAAUAUCAUAUCAAUCGGAUUUAUCGUGCUAUCAUCAGUAUUAAUCAUAUCAUAACGUUCUCUAGUGCACUGAAUGUAUCGCAAUACGCUUAAGUUAAUAGAAGCCAUGCUCAUAAAUAAAA